CGCUGUCAUUGUAGCUCUAUGGUUUCUCUUCCCUUCAACAAACAAGCAUUCCACCCAUUUUCAUUGAAUUUGAUAUCGUUUGCUAAUAAUAUUUCAAAGAAAUGUCUUCUAAAAGUGAAAAAGAUCGAGCCAAACAGAUCCAGGACAGAUGUCAGAACAUUUUGAUGCAGAUGUUGAAGGAUGAAGACAAUAAAUACUGUGUUGAUUGCGAUGCCAAAGGACCCCGCUGGGCAUCAUGGAACCUGGGCAUAUUCCUAUGCAUCAGGUGCGCCGGCAUACACCGGAACCUAGGAGUGCACAUCUCCAAAGUCAAGAGCGUCAACCUUGACUCCUGGACGCCUGAACAAGUCGUAUCCCUACAACAAAUGGGCAACUCUCGCGCCCGAGCGGUCUACGAAGCGAACUUACCCGAUUCCUUCCGAAGGCCACAGAACGACUCCUCGCUGGAGGCCUUCAUCAGAGCCAAGUACGAGCAGAAGAAGUACAUCGCUAAGGAGUGGGUGCCGCCUGCGCUGCCGAAGGUUAACUGGGACAAAGAGAUUGAUGAAGAAAUAGAGAGGCAGAAACGGAAAAAGAAAUCCACCAGCUCAGGCUUAGGACCUCUGCCAGCUCCAACCACAAGUGAUAAGAAAUAUAAUAAGUCUGAUGUCAUACCCAGCAUUCCGAAACCAAAAUCGUCAGUGAGUCCAAAGUUGGGCCGGUCUACGCCGCCCACAGCACAACCGGACCUCAGCAAGACUUCCAAUGGCGCUGCAGACCUCCUCGGACUGGACACAAGCACCAAACCCGACCCCAAACCAGCCAACGACGAUAUAUUCUCCAGCUUCUUCUCAGCACCACAGGAGAAACCCGCGGAAACCAAACCCGAAGAACUAAAACCUGACUUAAAGACUGAAGAAGAGAACUUCUUCAAACAAGCAGCCCCCACGGAGAAGGAAAAGUCUAAGUUAACAAAGGACAGUAUAUUAGCUUUGUACAGUCAAACACCUUCAACUAAUUUAGUGAAUCAAUUCAACCCGGUGCCUCCCGUGCAGCCCGUGCAACAAGCACAGUACCCCUUCGCACCAGUCUACCAACAGAACUUUACAAACAUGCCCGUACAGAAUGGCAUGCAGUUCAACCAGUUCCCUAUGGGUAGUCAGUUUCAGCAACCGUUUGGGGCCCCGGUUCAGCAACCGUUGCAGAGUCAACCGUUCCAAAAUAACCAGUUUUUCAACCAGCCCCAACAGCCGUUGGCGCAACAGUUUAACAGUCUGAACUUAGGGCAAAGUUUUCCGAACGCGUUCUCGCAACCCAAUACGAACGUUGCUAGCAACUCGACAUGGCAGUAGAGUUGUGUAUUUCAUUUAGAUUUUUUAUUUACUUACUUACUGCAGAUGUGUGUGUGAGAAGGUUCGCUUGUGUGUAGUGACGUUUGAAUUUAGAAUAUUUUUUUUUUUGUAGGAAAUGUUGCCAGCAAAUGAAUUAAAUUUAUUUCUAAAUACUUUCAAGGAUAUGGCUUUUUAUUUAAUUUGUUUGAUGCCAUAAAUAUUGUUUUGCCAUAGUUAGUAACUUAUUACCUCAUGUUUUUAUUUUCGAUUUUUAAGCUUAACGCAGUAAAUUGUAGACUAGAUUUCUGGCAAUAUUUUUGAUACACUCAGUGGCAUGCAUUGCUGGACAUAAAACCUUGCCUUACACUUCAUUUUGUAGAGGCCUUGGGAAUGUUUCUAAAUGAUUAACACCAAACAGUUUCUUGUCAAGCAGUUUGCAUACCACUUUUACAAUUAAGCCGUCUUCCCAAUCCGAGGCUACCACGAAAAAUCGAUCUCAAGAUUCGUGCCACUACACACAAAGUGAACUAAUACAUCUGAAUGUACGUUUGUAACGAGUAGAUAAGCAGUUAUUGUGAGCGUCGGCUCGGUCGGCUUCUUAAGCAGUUUGUUCCUAUUUGUAAUGCUCAGAUAUCAAGCUGAACUUAGAAGGCGCUGUGAGGCCUACUUUACUGUUAAUUGAACCUUAUAACGUACUGAAUAAGUGGCAAUUUCAUUUGACGUACGUUAAAGUAUAUAAUUCUUGCGCAAUCAAAUCCUACAAGGAAUCUAGAAAGUUCCAGAAAAAAAUCGAAGGUUCGUGACAUUCAUUCGUUCGAGAAAGGUUUAAACAUAGGCUGAAAACGGAUGGAAAGCGAAGGAGGCCACAUAGCGCCUUUUAUGAGCAGUAACUAAACAUUAAUGAGGCUUGGUGCUUCAGAAUGAGUGGAUGAGGUGAACGUACUUAUUAGUUAUUGUUAUUCCAAUUUUUUUUUUAUUGAAAUGUCUUCCUGAAUUUAUUUUAUUUUACCUGUUGAAUCAUAACUUCGUCCGUCAAGCAUAAUUUUAAAUAUCGAUAGAAAUGGACAAAAUAGUCGAUAGCUAAUAAAAUGGUGGGUAUUUAUUUGAGCUUAUCUUAGAAUGUGCUAUGAAAUUAUGUUGGUCGACAAAAAAGUACUUAAAUGUAUUUUCGUCGUCAAUUCUUUCAAAGUUCUUGUCGAAUCUGUGAACUUUGGAAAUAUUUUAUAUUAUUUUAAUUUGAAAAUAAUGUGUUUCCACUCAUUCUGAAGUUUGAAAGGUCGAUACACGCAUGUUUUGGUGCAACGAUAUUCCUUGUUCAAUGUCAAAUGAUUGGACCUGACAAAUACAUAAAUGUGUGCCCAAAAGUCUUGUGUAUUGAGACUUGAAUUCAUGCGGAAUAGAGUUCAAUAUGUCGAUAAAAGCACAUGUGUGGACAUACCUGGUUAUUUCAAGUCUGUUCAAGUUUAUGGCGAAAUUGUGAAAUGCUAAAUUGAUGCCCUCUGGUAGAGGGCCCUAGAUAGUGCACAAUGUAAUGUAGAGUUUAAUAUUACUAACUGUAUGUUUUAAUUUCAGUAAAUUAUAAGUAUUAUAAGCAAUUGACGCAAAAAGCCUAUAAAACGUGCACAAACUUGAAAUAAUAAACCAAGCCCGAUUACACGACCUGUGCAAUUAUGUAAUUUCAUGAUAAUUAACGAUUUUUUUUAUUAUUUUCAUUGAAUAAUUUAUACUUCUAUAUAUUGUGUAUUCUUAAAACGUUUACACUUUGAUGAAUAAUUUAGCACUUUUAAAAAAUCUAUUUUAAAUAUUUUAUGCACAGAUAACAAUUUUGUUUGUGUAACGAUCUUAAUUCACAGUAAUUUUAAGUAGAUAUUUUAUUUUUAUUUUGCUAAAGUCAGACGUCCCGGAUUCGGCCUGUUCCAAUGAAAUGUAGAAAUAAUAUUUUGAGUGCACACAUUUCAUAUAUUUUGUUAAAUUAUAACCAUUGUACAAAAAAUAUAAUGUCAUAAUAUUGGAAAAUAUGUUUAUUUACAAUGUCGAAAACGAUUUCGGGACGUUUGUAACUUGGAAAUUGGUGCGUGUUCUUUAAUCUAUUUUAUUUAUAGAAGUUAAAAAUGUUAAAUAAAUCUGAUAACCAUUUUCUCUAAAUUGUAAAGUUUCUAUACUAUAACUAUUUACAUUUAGAUAGCUAUUCCCAUCUCAUGCUUUUAGGCAUUUUGUUUGAUGUUAGCUAAGGUUUACAAGUAUUAAUAAUUUUUAUAUUAACGUGAAUUUUAGUUUCAACGAGUAUGUAAUCAAUUCAACCUGCACGAAAAACUUGUUUUAGUCAUGGAAGACUGAUUUGUCGACUGUCGCGUUAUUUUAGAACAGGGUCAUAUCAUCUUACGUGAGCAUCAGUAAUCAUUUGUCAAUUUACUCAAAGAAAUAUCUAAAAUAUUUUUUUAUCCAGAAAGUCUCAGAAUUGUAUUGCUUAUGAAAGUCCCACCUGUAUUAAUGGCGAUAACAUAUUAAUACAAGAAAUAACUCCUUAUUUUAAUUUUUGUUAGAGAAAAUCAGGCUCUUCUCAUAUGCACAACUUAUAAUGAAAGUAUGCAUCAAUUCAUUGCGAGUGCCACUUCACCACAGACUCCACGUUACGAUGACAAUUUCGCGCCAAUUCUUAUAUCCCAAUGGCGUCAUUCUUUUCGUGACAACUUUUUUCUUGUCCUGAACAGUAUUUAUUCCUCUCACUGAGGAACCAUGGACUAUCUUCAGCUAAAAUAUUUAAAUACUAUAAGUUAAUUAUUAUAUGUAAAUUCCAAAAAUUCAAUUCGCUACACAUACAGAAAAUAAUAUUUUUGUGGUUCUCAAAAGGAAUGUCAAUUUAUUUUAUUCUAAUUUUGAGUGUUUUAUACCUAUUUCCCGAUUAUGGUUCGCGAUCAAACGAUGAUUGAACAAGAAAACUGGUGUUUAGAUGCAGGUCGAUGCAGUUAUAAGGCUAGGAGAUCCGACGACAAUACUUUUAAUUUAUGUAUUACUAUAAUGUCUAUUUACAUGACUUACAGGGGUGUAAAAAAUGCCUAAUCUUGCAAGAAGUAUAGUUUCUAAUAUGUUCUCGAAUUGCAACUAUGGGCCUGGAAUGGAUAAAACCUUUCGUCAGCAUUCGUUCCAUAAUUUUGUCUCCACCAUUAAUAAGAUUCAAAAACUGGUGACAAAGGCUUACGGAAAGCAUUACAGUUAAUAAUUUAGAAUAAAUAGCACACAAAAUUUCAUUUAUAAAUAAUUUAACGUACAUAAUGUAUAAUUGGCGUUUCUUACAUCUCUGUGAGAAAUCCUGUGAUGGCUGUAGAAUACCCCUCUAGUAAAUAGCCUGUAUUAUUUUAGAUCGUCAUUUCAUAAAAUCCACUUUUGAUGUAUUUAGUUGAAAAUAUAAAAUGUGAUUCUUUAUUAAGUGAAUAAUAUGUAAUAUAGUAAAAGUAACGGGCCAUUAGUCAUAUUGGCUGUAUGUAGCCCUGAUUGAGCCUGUAUUUCGUUUACAUAAAUAAAUAUAAUGCCAAUAGAAA